GUGGCCCUGGUGUAGGGGUGUCAGAGAGAGAGAAAGGUCACCCAAAAAAAAAAAAAAGCACACAAAUUUAGAGAGAGAAAACACAAACAUCUCCCAUCAGGAGCUUUUGCCCCCCCCAGCCCCUCUCCCUUCCCCUCAUGGUCCUAGAGAGGCUCCUGCUCUGAGAUCAUCCUCAAGGGGGCAGUCAAGAAAGAAAAAAAAACCUAUUAUUAUUAUUAUUUUAUGUUUUGAUUUUCAUCUUUUCCUUUUUUUCUUUUCUUUGCUGCCUUUGGAGUCUGAUUUCUCUUCAAUUUCUCCUGCCCUCAAUCAAUUGGUUCAAGAAUAGUUUGUUCCAUUGAGGGAAUCACAGCAGCAGCAAAUAAAUUUUUAUCAUUGACUGCCCUUUUGCCCAUAUUUCCAGGUAAAUUUAAUGUCAAAUUGGUACCCUUUUCUUUGAUUGCUUGCCCAUAAGGCUAUCCUUGGUUCGCCUUUCUGUUUAUUACUUUUUUUGUGUAUUCACUUUGUGACUACUCUUUGUUUGGAGGACCCUUGCAUUCAACUCAACUAUUUUGUUUUUUCCCUCUCGUUGAAUUCAGCUCUGAUUGAAUUGAGCCUCAAAGAUAAUUUCUUUAUCUGGGUUUUGGGAUUAUCCAUUUUAGCCUAAAACUAUACAGAAAAGAGGAAACAAAAAAACAGAGGCAGAAAUGGGGGACCCCAAUUUCGUUAUUUGUGUCAAGAGGGCAGCCAAAUUUCGUAUUCUGUGUAAAAAUAUAGUAUGAGCCUGCUAGAAAAACUUGUACACAUACAUAUAUGCCCAUAUUUGUAAAUCCAACAAGUUGUUGUUGUUCAUAAUUUGUUACGGCUUCGAGUAAUCUUGGAGAGGGUGUUCUCUGCUAAACAAAACCUGGCGAGUUGUAUAGAAUCCUGGCUGUCAGAGGCCUCCAGAACUGCUACUUAUGGUUUGCCGAGCAAUGGGGGUUAGAUGGAAUACUCAUGGUAUCCAGUUAUCAUGUUUUGCAAUUUUGAUUCUUGUAUUGGCAAUUCAAGGGUGCUCGUCGCUUAAUUAUGAAGGAUUGGCAUUGUUGGAGCUCUAUGCGAGAGUGAAUUAUGAUCCAUAUGGUGCUUUUGCUAACUGGAAUCCAGAUGAUAACGACCCGUGCAUGUGGUUUGGCGUGUACUGUGUUGAUGGUAAAGUACAAAAGCUGGAUCUCGACGGGCUGUCUUUGGAAGGGGAAUUGGCCCCGGACCUUGGGAAGCUUACUCACCUGACAUCUCUUGUACUUCAUGACAACCAUUUUAUUGGUGAAAUCCCUAAAGAGAUUGGAGGACUUACAAUGCUGGAGGUAUUGGAUUUGAGAAAUAACAACUUGAGUGGAUCAAUUCCGGCAGAAAUAGGAAGACUACAAUCAUUGAAACGCUUGUUGCUUUCUGAUAAUAACUUUGAAGGAGAAAUUCCUGUUGAGCUUGGGAAGCUCAAUGUGCUUUCUGAAUUGCAGUUUGAUGAAAACCUUACAUGUGCUGUGUCUGCUGGAAUUGCCUGUCUAAAUAGAAAAUUUGGGCAUUGCAUCUGCCAGAGCAGUUCAAAACAACUAAAGAAAGUAGAUGCCAUCAUAAUCCCAAUUCGAGGGAUUCUUACUCGUUACCUAAGUGUGCUUCCAUGGUUCAAAUCUGGAAAAGAUUCCUUAAAUAAGCCUGCAUAUUAUUGCUAUGAGAGUGCACCAGGAGGUCAUGAGAUGCACAUCAAUCAACGUGUACAAAACCUAGCUAAUAUGGACAGGCGUAGGCUACUUCAACAGUCCAGUAAUCUGGCUGCUGCCCCAGCUAGUGAUGGAUCCCCUCCCAUACAGAUGGUUUCUGUUCCAAUUACACGGAGUAGUGGGUCUUUCCCUGCAGUACCAAAUGCAAAGAAAGGACAAUUACAUCCACCCGUGCCUUCUCCUGCCAUGUCUUCAUCUGAACAUAAUCAUAAUUCUGAUGGGCAGCUUUUGGGUUCUACAAACAAGCCUACUGGGUAUUCAGGAAAUUCUGGAAAUGUAUGGAAGUAUUUAGCAAUUUCAGGAAUUGUUCUCUUGCUUGUUGUUGCCAUAGUCAUGUUUUUCAUGUGUCGGAACCGAGCUGUCACAACUAUUGGUCCGUGGAAGACUGGAUUGAGUGGACAGUUGCAGAAAGCAUUUGUUACAGGGGUUCCCAAACUGAAUCGGUCAGAGCUAGAAACCGCUUGCGAGGAUUUCAGCAACAUUAUUAAUACAAUUGCUGAUUGCACAGUAUACAAGGGAACAUUAUCAAGCGGAGUUGAGAUUGCUGUUGCAUCAACUGCAAUACCUUCUGCCAAAGACUGGUCCAAGCGCUCUGAAAUAGCAUACCGGAAGAAGAUCGAUACACUUUCAAGAGUAAACCACAAGAACUUUGUUAAUCUUAUUGGCUACUGUGAGGAGGAAGAGCCUUUUGCUAGAAUGAUGGUGUUUGAGUAUGCUCCUAACGGAACCCUCUCAGAGCACCUGCACGUUAAGGAAGUCGAGCAUCUUGACUGGAAUGCAAGGGUUAGGAUCAUUAUGGGAACAGCAUACUGUCUCCAGUACAUGCACGAGCUGAAUCCGCCUGUGGCACAUUCUAAUCUGAAUUCAAAUGCUAUCUUUCUCACUGAUGAUUAUGCUGCUAAAAUUGCAGAGAUUGGAUUCGGCACAAACGUUUCAUCCAAAACCACUGACGGGUCAUCCAAAGCUUCGGACGCUUCUUCCAAAGCCACAGACGCUUCUUCCAAAGCCUGGGCUGGAAAGGAAUCAGAGGACUCCGAGCUGCCACCGUUUUCUGAUCCCGAAACAAACGUCUACUGUUUUGGAGUGUUGCUGCUCGAGAUUAUUUCUGGGAAGUUACGUUACUCGAAAGAGCAAGGAUCUCUGGUGAACUGGGCUGGUGAGUAUUUGAACGACAAGCGGAGCACCAGCCACCUGAUCGACCCGACCCUCAAGUCCUUCAAGAACAACGAGCUCGACGUCAUCUGCGAGAUCAUCCAAGUGUGCAUUCAGCAGGACGCGAGGAAGAGACCAACGAUGAAGGAAAUAAUCGAGAGGCUGAGGGAAAUGAUCCCGAUAACCCCCGACGCAGCGACUCCGAGGCUUUCUCCUCUCUGGUGGGCCGAGCUGGAGAUCCUAUCGGCGGAGGCGGCAUAAAAUUUGGUUGACUGAUUGAUUGAUGAUCAGCAUUUCGCUCUUAAAUUUUCCCUGAUCACUCUGUUGUAUGUGAAGUGAAGUGUCCUCUCUCUCUCUCUUUGGAAAAAAAAAAAAAAAAAACACGCGCGCACACACGAACCAACAUAGAAAGAAAGAGUUCUGUUGUUUUCUGCGCCAGCCAGCUGCCCCUCUUCGCAUUACUUAGUAUUUUAGCCAAUGCAUUGCAUUUCUCCCAGCCCGUUUUUAGUCAUUGCCUAUGGUUCAUUCAACGCAAUUCUUUGCUUG